CGCCGCCAUUUAAUAAUAAUAAUAAUUAAUAUUUAUACACGCAAGUGUUGGCUUGUUUUUAACAGAAGCUUCUUCUCCCUCGAGGAUAUUGACGACAAAGCGGGGGACGAAAGUGCUUUUUAACACCAUUAAAAAAAUAAGGUGGACUUCCCCCCCCGCCCCCUCCUCAAGCCAGGCUGUCCUCUGCUCCCAGACCCCCUCCUCCUAUUCGGCUAUGGAGGACCCAGCGGCAGGGAACAGGUCCAUCUUCAUGUGUAAGCUGUGUAACUUAUUUUCUCCAAACCAGUCAGAACUUCUGUCUCACGUCUCCGAGAAGCAUUCCGAAGAAGGGAUUAAGGUGGAGGACAUCAUUAUUCCUCUCAAACCUCUUUCAACACCCACCAAAUGGAGGGUUCUGAAUAAAGAUGGAGAAGAGCUUCUUGUGGUGAAGAGGAAACGGGGCAGGCCAAAGGGGUCAACCAAGCGAUUUUACGUUGAUGAAGAAUCGGCUGAAAGCAGUCACCAUCCUCCGAGUGAGGCUGCCCACCUGGGAUCUGAAGAAAGGGGAGAGCUGGCGGAAGUUCAGCCAGGCAACUUGGAGUGCCGGAAAUGCAGCCGGAAGUUCUCCAAUUCUCGGCAGCUACGGAAACAUAUCUGCAUCAUUGUUAAGCAUGAAGACCUAGAAGAAGAUGGUGACCCAGGUAAUGAUUCUGACGUUGACCUUGACAGGAGGGAAGAUGAGCGAGAAAAAGCACCAAAGAGGCAACGGCUACAAAGAACAGAAAAGAGCUUUUCAACGAAGGAAGCAGACCCAAUCUCAGGAACUAAGAAUCCUAUUAUAAGUGUAGUUUUGACUGCUCAUGAAGCAAUUCGAGGAGCUACAAAAAUAGUUCCAGUUGAAGCUACUUCUCCCGAAACUGAACAACCAGCCAACCCGGAAACAACGUCAUCAGAUUCUCAGCGGAGAGGGUAUCAGGAAUAUGCCAUUCAACAGACACCUUAUGAACAACCAAUGAAAUCAAGCAGGUUAGGUGCAACCCAGCUGAAAAUCUUCACCUGCGAAUACUGCAACAAGGUGUUCAAGUUUAAGCACUCUCUCCAGGCCCACCUGAGGAUCCACACCAAUGAAAAGCCUUACAAAUGCUCCUUCUGCAGCUACGCCAGUGCCAUCAAGGCCAACCUGAACGUUCACCUGCGGAAGCACACGGGGGAGAAGUUCAGCUGCGACCACUGUCCUUUCACGUGCCUGAGCAAAGGCCACCUCAAAGUCCACGUGGAGCGGGUCCACAAGAAGAUCAAGCAGCACUGCCGCUUCUGUAAGAAGAAAUACUCCGACGUCAAGAACUUGAUCAAGCAUAUCAAGGAAGCCCAUGACUUGCAGGACAAAAAAGUGAAGGAUGUGUUUGACGAGCUCCGCUUGAUGACCCGGGAAGGGAAGAGGCAGCUGUUGUACGACUGUCACAUCUGCGAACGCAAGUUCAAAAAUGAGCUGGAUCGUGACAGGCACAUGCUGGUCCAUGGGGACGAGAGGCCCUUCGCUUGCGAGCUGUGUGGUCACGGAGCCACCAAGUACCAAGCGCUGGAACUUCACGUCCGAAAGCAUCCGUUCGUGUAUGUUUGCAGCGAGUGCUUGAAGAAGUUUGUCAGUUCGAUCAGGCUCCGGGCACAUAUCAAGGAAGCGCAUCGGGAGUUGCCAGAGUCUUCUGUGUUUAACAGCUCCAUCAAUCAGAGCUUCUGUCUGCUGGAGCCAGGAGGGGACAUCCAACAGGAAGCCCUUGGAGAAGAAUUGUCUCAGACUGCCGCCGAACUCUCCCUCUUAAACUCUAAGGCUCUUUGUAUAGCAAAGAGGCCUCUUUGCAUGGGUGAACUGAAUGCCGUGGAUGGAAGCCAUCCUGAUAGCUCUAGUGGCCACUUGGAAGCUGCUUCUGCCCCUCCUUUAAAUUUUGAGGUCCCCCCAGUUGCAAGUGCAGCAGACUCGCCGUGCCAGCCCUCGCCAGAAUUCGCAUCUCCAAAUGCAUUUCCAGUUAGCGCUUCAGACGGCUUUUUGCAGAAAAAUAUUUCAUCUGGUUCGGAUGAAGAAAAGUCCCUCUCUGUGACGUUAGAGGAAGUCUCUCCUGACCAUACAGAAAACAUACAAUGUGAAAUGCAGCUUUCAGCAGAUGGAAGCUCCAGCGUAAGCCAGGAUCUCCAAGCUCCACCACAGGAUGCUGCUCUUGAAGAAAAAGGCCACUUAGCUCAGGGAGCAAGCACACCAAUAAGCGAAAAGGCCCUCUCCUCCAACCCGCUUCCCGAUCUGGAAUCCAACGCAGCGAUUGCCGAGAAUUCCGAUCCUUGCCCGCCAGCCUCAGACAAUCGAACUGGAGCUGCAGCCUUUAUGCAGAUUUUGGACAAUUUGCAAAAGCGACAAAUGAACACAGCCCUAUGUGAAAAGAUCAGAAAGGUCUAUGGAGACUUGGAAUGCGAAUAUUGUGGCAAGUUGUUUUGGUACCAGGUGCAUUAUGACAUGCACGUCCGCACUCACACACGAGAACACCUCUUCUACUGCUCUCAGUGCAGCUACUCCUCCAUCACCAAGAACUGUCUCAAGCGCCACGUCAUCCAGAAGCAUAGCAACAUUCUGCUGAAAUGUCCCACAGAAGACUGCGAUUAUUCAACCCCAGAUAAAUACAAGCUCCAGGCGCAUCUGAAAGUGCACACAGAGCUGGACAAAAAGAGUUAUACCUGCCCUGUGUGCGAGAAAUCAUUUUCUGAAGACCGUCUUAUAAAAUCACACAUCAAGACAAACCACCCAGAAGUUUCUAUGAACACCAUCUCCGAGAUCGUUGGCAGGAGGGUCCAGCUGAAAGGGCUGAUUGGAAAGCGAGCCGUGAAGUGCCCCUAUUGCAACUCGUACUUCAUGAAGAACGGGUCGGACCUCCAGCGUCAUAUUUGGGCCCAUGAAGAUCAGGACAGGCUACAGAUCAGAACAUCAACUGGAAACCCCAGAAAAUCCUGUGCAUUUUCAGAAUGGAGGUCUCCUCUGGACUCACCAGUGGCAGGCAUCAAGCCCUUCAAGUGUUCUCUCUGUGAAUAUGCCACUCGGAGCAAAAGCAACCUGAAGGCCCACAUGAACCGGCACAGCACCGAGAAAACCCACCUGUGCGACAUGUGCGGGAAGAAGUUCAAAUCCAAAGGCACGCUGAAGAGCCACAAGCUCCUGCACACUGCCGACGGAAAGCAGUUCAAGUGCACAGUGUGUGAUUAUACCGCCGCCCAGAAACCGCAGCUUCUUCGGCACAUGGAGCAGCACGCAUCUUUCAAGCCUUUCCGGUGUGCCCACUGCCAUUAUUCCUGCAAUAUAUCUGGUUCUCUGAAAAGGCAUUACAACAGGAAACAUCCCAGCGAGGAAUACGUUAAUGCAGGCUCUGGAGAACUUGCUGCAGAAGCUCUUCUCCAACAAGGUGGUAUCAAGUGCCCGGUGUGCAAUUUUGUGUAUGGUACAAAAUGGGAAUUCAACAGGCACCUCAAAAACAAACAUGGACUCAAACUCGUGGAGCACGAUGGGGAGACGAAAUGGGAGCAGACAACAGAGAUUUCCGAAGAAACCCCUACGCAGUAUCUGCAUAUCACAGAAGCAGAGGAUAUGCAAGGAACUCAGGCUGCCGUUGCUGCUCUGCAGGAUCUGCGAUAUACCUCAGAAAACGGGGGACAACUCGAACCCACGGCUAUGAACAUCCUGCAGCAAAUUAUUGAGCUGGGUUCCGAGCCCCAUGACGCGGCUGCGGUUGCCUCGGUGGUUGCCAUGGCUCCAGGAACUGUUACUGUCCUAAAGCAGGUGACAGAAGAGGAACAAUCGGCCAAUCACACUGUGAUGAUUCAGGAAACGUUGCAGCAGGCGUCUGUCGAGCUGGCCGAACAGCAUCACCUGGUUGUCUCUUCUGAUGACGUGGAAGGGAUUGGGACAGUGACUGUCUACACACAGGGAGGAGAGGCCUCCGAACUUAUCGUUUAUGUGCAGGAAGCCAUGCAGCCCCUGGAAGAGGUAGCAGAGGAGCGAGACGAGUCCGCACCGAAGAUCUAGAGAAAAUCUCCACGGGAGGCAAAACCAAGAGAAGCAACCAGUUGCAACUUCAGAAAGCACUUAAUACGUGUGUGUCUUUCAUUUAUGCACUUUAAGAAGACUGCAGACUGAAAAAUGGACACUUUAAAUGGCUGUCUGGAAAGCUCAGAUGUUCAGGCUCACAGAGGAUGAUGGUGUGAAAUGAGAAGCCAUGUGGUGAAGCUGUGGUCAAGAAUAUGGUCCAUCUGGAACUCAAGUCAAGGUGUCUGUCCACUUGUUGGAAAAGGCAAUCAGACUUUAGCCUAUCCAUGCUCACCUGUUCUUUAAUGUUUGCUUCUGCAUGGUCUAAAACAAAACACAGCAAUCGGCCGUUUUCCCCUUCCAAAUGAGAGUUUUGCUUUAUUUAUCACUGUGAAUUGUCAAAAACCCAAGAUUAUUACCAAGAGAAUGACUGGGUUUGCACAAUCAGGGAAAAAAAUGAACUGCUGUAGUUAAUUUUCCUGCCCUGCUCAUGCCAGUCAUUGGUUGGAGAAUGACCAGGAAUACCCUCAUCAGGCAUUGGUAUCUUGCAUUAUCCAAACCCAGCAUGAGUGGGUGAGUUUACAAACUACCCCGGAACCUAUGGCUUGUUCUAGGGUUUCAGGGUAAACCACCCCUUCCCUCUCCAGGUUCAGGCAGCACAACAAGCCAUGUCCAGAAUUAGGGUAAUUCUGCAUCAUGCAACCAGCAUGUUCAAACAAGGAAAAGAAAGUACAGAGGUUUAUUUCCCCAGUCCAGUCAUGCAGAACCACCCAUCUGUGUCCUGUUAUCUCUCAUGUACCUUUUAAUCUCAAGCCCAGGAAUCUGAAUUGGUAAGUGCUUGCAAAGCAUACCAAAAUUUCAUCGGGAUGAGAUCUGAUGUAACAUGCAAGUCAAAAGCUCCUGCCACAGUGUGUCUUUCAGGUGUAUAGUCCCUGCACAAGUGCAAGUAUUUUAUGGUUACAACAUAUUUUGGACAGAUAUAUUAGAAAUAUAUACUGGAGCUCUCCCUCCCUCCCUCCCUCCCU